CCGCUCCAGGACAUCGGGGGCGCUCCGACGGCCACGUGGACUUCCGGUCCGUGGGGAGCUUCAUUUGUUUGCCUCUCUUCAAGCCCCCUUUUUCGCUAUGUGUAAGUUUGCAGCUGGUUCGUCAUCCAGGUGUUAUCGCUUCGUGUCCACGUCGUGUCGUACAUUUUUGUUUUGUAUUUGGAAAAAGUACGCGUCUGGCCUUGGGAUAAGGACCUAACACGAAGCUUGUCCCACUGAUGUGAAGCCACGCUUUGUCAUCAUUUCCUCUUGCCAGGCUGCAGCCAUGUCCAUUGAGUACACUAUUGAUAUCCAGCUAACUGAGCUGGGGUUCCCGGACAUCCUGCAGUCGCAGCAGACCUCGAUCAGGGAAACAUCCCGUCGGUCCUCAUCGGAUGGCUCCUUAUCGUCCAGUCAUUCUCCCACUUCACUUAACACUAACGCCAACAAGAAGAAACUACUGGUCAUAGACCCAAAGUCAUCUGACGAAGAAAGAGGUGGUGCAAAACAUGCCUCCAAUAUUCAAUCCAUGGUGGAUUCAGCUCCCCCUGAGGAAUUACUUUGCAAACCCACAAGUCCUGCACAAAGUCUACAAGUUGACCAAGAGACUGGCGUUUCUGAACUUUCCAGCCCAUCACAGAAAGUCACAACAGCAGAGCAAGACAAUGGACAGAUGGAUGAUGGUGAUGGAGAUGCAGUACACAAGGAUCCAGAACAGAUGGAUGAAGUUGUGGUAGGGGACUCUGAUGACAGCGAAGUCUCGGAUAUGUAUGAGGAAGAAGAGUUGGAGGAAGAAGAGGAGGAUGAGGAAGAGGAAGGGCAAGAUGAUGAGUCGGGUGAGUUCCCCUGCAGUGUUUGUGAUCUCCAUCUGUCCUCUAAAUUCAAGCUCCAGGACCACAUGAACCUGCACACAGGAGUACGCCCUUACUGCUGUGCUGAAUGUGGGAAGCGCUUCUGCCAGAGUUACAACUACCGCGUCCAUCUGCGCACGCACCGCCAAAUCAAAGUGGAGCGGUACGUGUGCCGUGUCUGUCGGAAGGACUUUGCUUCCCAGGAGGAGCUCACAAUGCACCUUUCAACAACUCACUUUGAAAAUGAGUUUUACGAAUGUGAUCGGUGCAAACGCGUGUUCACUUGCCUGAGGGUGUGUGAGUUACAUGUACGGUUGCAGAAAUGCAGGGUAGAUGUUAUGUGUGACACUUGUGGCCGCAGUUUCUCUUCUUUAAAGUCCCUCGCGCGACAUCGGAAUGGGAAGUGCUACAGCACCUUUAAAUGCACCGACUGUUCAAAGAUGUUCACAAAGAAGAAUGCCCUCCUGAAACACAGCUUCUCCCACCUGGGUUUACUGCCCUACACUUGCAUGCGGUGCCACUGCCACCUUCGCCUGGCAAAGCUCUACCGCCAGCACAAGUGUCAACCCCAGCGCAUUAACUGUGUCGCGUGCCUACGAGAGUUUCUCAGUCAGGAUGACUUCCAGCGACACAAAAAGGACACGGGCUGCUGGGGCAACCAGGAGCCAAAAGGGGAUGAGAUCAGAUGUUUGGAGUGUGGCCAGAUGUUUGACACUAAGGAAGAGCUGAAGAAACACGCUGGGGCUCAUCAGAGGGUGCUGAAAUGUGCUGAAUGUGGGAAGGGGUUCCGCUCAGCCUUGCUGUUAAUGUCCCACAUGGGUGGCCAUGCCGGCCAGUCACCCUGCCUGUGUCAGAGCUGUGGACUGGGCUUUCCACACCAACAGAAUUACCACAGCCACCUUAAGACCUGUGGACAGACGCCUCAACCUGAGAGUGUUCCCAAGAAACGCCUGGCCUCAAGGAGCUCUUCAUCUGAGACACAAAAGCUUAAAGCAAGUCCACACGCACCAAACACUGCCAUCCCGACUGCUACACACGCUCCUGUCCUUCCUCCUGCUGCUACUUCGCCACCUUCUAAAGAAUUCAUUAGGCCAGAACGUGUGACAGAGGCUCUGUCUGCUGACUCUGGUCAGUCAGACAAAUAUUGGAAGCUAACCCUGGACAAAGAGCCUCCACCUGGUAUUAAACUUGUCUUGUUACUCCCAGUUUGCCCAAAUCAAACCAGUGAUGUGACACUUCCACCUGGAGUCCCUCAGACCUCUGAGGUACCAGCUAUACAGGUCCAGCCUCACGUGUCUCCUGUUCCAAGAAAUGGACAGCUUGGUGUCAGUCCUGCUUUUGGUGUGCCACUAGGCAAUUUGAGUUGGCCGACUGGGAUUAAACAGGAUCCAGAAUGUGAACAACCUCUGGAUUUGUCUAAGAAAAAGUCAGCUGUAAUUGAUAUUUCCCCUCUUCCUGUUAAAAGUGAGCAAGAAGAAUAUGAGAUCCCAACAGAGGACACUGAAACGAAUCCUGGAGAAGCAAAUCCUGAAGUGAAAACGGAUCUCAGGAAUCUAACAACCUGUAGCACAACAUCCUGAUUAUAGGAGCACAUCGCCUUUUCCAGACUCUGAUCUUAAUUUGUGUUCACACGAACCCACCGAGGUUACAGAAGUGAGGUUGGAGAAAAAAAAUAAAGUUGAAAUUGAAGUCAAAGUCAGUGAGGGCAGUCGUUAGAUUCUUACAUAGGAAGAGACGCAGUGUUUGGCAUAAACCAAAAACUAGUGUCAACGUACAAUAAACACACCCAAUAAAUAAUGUAUAUAUUUUUGUCACAUAAGUACGAGUAACUGAAAGUAGACGAGCUUACUGUCAUUCAAACAUUCCAAGGUGUUGUUUUUUAAUUUUUUUUAUUUGUUUAUUGGCUAAAGGUUGUGGCUUUGUGCGUUUCAUUAAAAUUGUACGGUAUAAACCAAAUUCUAUGCAAUAUAUGCAGCAUUUCUUACAAGUAAAUAUUCUCUGUAUUUCAUUUCGUUUGUGAGGGGGCAAAUACAUGGGUAUUAAAUUUAAUGAAAACACUGGAAUUCUUAGUAUUUAGCUGAAAACUUGAAGUGAUGUUUUUUUGGUCUAUAUGCACUCAACCUUUACUAUGGUAAAUAUUUUAUUGAAGCAGAUAAUGGUACUAAACAAAUAAUAUAACAAAAUCCACAUGAUCAAAUAGCUGAAUCUUGUCAGUCUGCAGGUAUCUUUAAUUAUUUCUAAAGGCAAAUAAACAUUUGUCUGAAAAUAAUGUGA